AUGGCAUCGCUUUCACAGUCACAGACGACGGCAUUACUUCGGCCAGAAGCAUUCAGAGGGCGACAUUACCCUGAGUGGCAUCCUCCCACCCGCCAUCUAGUCACACCGUUCCUUCGCCCUGACUUUUCACCGAUUCUCCCUGCUGCACCAUCCCCCUUCUUCCUUACCGCGCCACGCAUCCCUGCGAUCGGCGGUUAUGGAAGAAGCCGGCGGGUGGCAGUGUCGUCCAUUCUCACGCGGCAGGAUGGGCAGGCGGACGAAGGAAUGGAUGCGCGGAAGGCGCAAAGGGCAGCGCAGAAGAGCGAGGCGGCGAGCGCGGCGAGGCAGGGAGGCGGCGUGACGGGAAGGGGAGCGCAGAUGAGCGGAAUGCAAGGAGCAGUGGGAAGCGGGGAGCAGGCGGGGGAUGGAAGGGAAACCGCAGUGCAACGGCCAAGUGCGCAGCAUCAGCAGGAUCAACAGCAGCAGCAGCAGCUGGAGCAGGCGGAGGGAGCACGCAAGGCGUCAAGCAGCGUGCGCGCUGUGGAGCGCGUUGCCGCUGCCCGCCAGGGCGGGGCAGCUUCGUGGAGACCUCCCACCUCGCUCACUCGGAUGCCGUCCCUCAACCGAGCCUCGGGCUUCCAGGGGCUAGGGCUAGGCUCGGGCAUUCAGGAGCUAGGCUCGGGCUUUCAGGGGCUAGGCUCGGGCUUUCAGGGGCUAGGUUCGGGCAUUCAGGGACUAGGCUCGGGCAUUCAGGGGCGCGCAUCAGCAGUGCGCAGCAGGCUGCAGGGGGGCGCGAUGGAGGCGGGGAGUCGGAUACAGGGCGGCGCGUACGGCGUGGGCAGCUCCCUCCAGGACACGGCCGCCGUGGUGGGCGGCGUGAUUCAGGGCCGCGCCGUGGAGGUCGGGGGUGCGAUCCAAGGCAAGGCGGUUGCGGUGGGCAGCACGAUACAGGACACGGCAGUAGUGGUGGGGGGUGCGAUCCAAGAUAAGGCAGUGGCAGUGAGCAGCACAAUACAAGACACAGCAGUAGUGGUGGGAGGGGCGAUUCAAGACACGGCAGUGGUGGUAGGCAGCAGGAUUCAGGGCAAAGCGGUGGAGCUGCAGGAGAGAGCGGUGGAGGUGGGUACGAGCAUCCAGGACAGGGCGGUGGAGGUGAGCAGCAGCCUUCAGGACCGCGCGGUGCUGCUGCAGGGCAAGGCCGUGGAGGUGAGCAGCACGCUGCAGGACGUGGUGUCGGAGGUGGGGCAGGUGGUGACUGAGGUGGGUGUGACUAUACAGGAGAAGCAGCAGGAGAUCGCCAAGGUGGUGCAGCACACGGCGGAGGACGUGGAGAGGAGCCUCCCGCCCCCCGCGCAGGGCGCACUGCGCACGGCGGGGUCGGGCGUGCAGGCGGUGGUGAGCGUGGUGGCGCCCGUGCUGGACCGCAUUCCCGUAACGCGCGGGCAGCUGGCGGGCGCGGCCGUGGUGGUGGUGCUGUUCAUCAAGGCCGUGGAGCAGUGGUGGUACCAGUUCCAGCAGGACUCGCGGGGCUCGACACACUUUGACAUCCCGGAGCGCAUCCGCGUGGAGGCGCCGUCGCCCCUGCCACCGCCUGUGCCUGUGGCGUCGACGCGGCAGCAGGUGGACGUGCGGCGCAAGGAGCCCAUGGAGUGGGUCAACAUGCUGCUGCGCAAGGUCUUCCGAAUCUACCGCACGGGGUUGGAGCGGUGGAUGGUGGGCAUCGUGCAGGCAGGUGGCUGUAAGGCUUGUAAGUUAUGCCCCCACACGCUUCCUCUCCCUCCCCCUCCCCUCCAGGUCUUCCGAAUCUACCGCACGGGGUUGGAGCGGUGGAUGGUGGGCAUCCUGCAGCCGCUCAUCGAUGAGACGCCCAAGCCACGUGGCGUGCAGCGCGUGCGCAUCAAGCAGUUCUUCCUCGGCGACGAGCCGCCCUCCCUGCGCUCCAUUGAGCGCCGCACCUCAAGGCGCGGCAACGACUUGCAGUACCACGUGGGGGUGCGGUACACGGGGGGAAUGCGCAUGCUGCUGGAAGUGCCGGUGGACGUGAGCAUGGGGCUGUCCGCCAUCCCGCUCACCGUGCCCAUCCCCGUGGGCGUGCGCAACUUUGACGUGGACGCGGAGGUGUGGGUGCGCCUGAAGCUGAUCCCCGUGGAGCCGUGGGUGGGCGCGCUCACGUGGGCCUUCGUCUCCAUGCCCAAGGUCAAGCUCACGCUCGCGCCCUUCCGCGUCGUCAACCUCAUGUCUAUUCCAUUCCUCUCAAGGUACCUUCAGGCGCUGCUAACGGAGGAGCUGCCGGCGCGCUUCCUGCGGCCCAACAGCAAGGAGGUGGACCUCCUCAAGGACCGCCCGCUGCCGCCCGACCCCGCCCAGCGCGAGUUCCGUGAGGGGCAGGUGGCGAGCGGCACUCUGGGCUUCGCUGGGGAGCUGCAGGUGACGGUCAUUGCCGCCCAGCGCGUCAUCAACCUGCCCCUCGGCGACAGCGAUCCCUACGUGGUGUUGGAGUUGGGGCAGCAGGUGGCGCGCAGCAAGCGCAACAGCGAGACAUCGCUGGUGGGGCCGGCGGGGUACCCCAUAUGGAACCAGGACUUCGUGCUGCUCGUGCUCGACCCAACCCUGCAGCGCCUCUCCGUCAAGCUCAGGGGCUCGUUGGGGCUCUUCUACGUGGACUUCGGGCACGGCUCGGUGCGCCUGGGCUCCCUGCACGACACGCUGCCAACACACGUGUGGGCUCCGCUGCACAACCCUCCUGUUUCUCGUCUACACUGCCCUCCUGUUUCUCGCCCAUUGCAGGUGCGCCUGGACGCGCUACAGGACACGGUGCCAACGGACGUGUGGGUGCCGAUGCGCCUGCGCCUGCCAGUGGGGCAGAAGGCGUGUGGGCGGGUGAAGAUGCGCCUCACGUACAAGGCGUUCGUGGCGGAGGACGACCACCAGGACGUCGAGACGUUCGACCAGCCCUACAGCGAGGCUGAGAGCGACGGGGAGGGCGCGGAUGCGCUCGCUACAAUUUCUCGCCUCCGGCGGUUUGUUGCUGACGUGGCGGACUCUGCUGCUCCGCCGGAGCUGAUGAGGAUCCUGGAGAAUGUGAGGGUGGGCGAGAUCCCACGUGUCGUUGACCUGGAGCGACUCAGUAGUGACGUGGCGAAGCUGUCUGACCUGGCACGUGCGCUCGAGGUGGCGCUGUUCAAGGACGUCAACCGAUUGGCGGAGCUCCCGAGGCUGUCGGAUCUUCCCAAGAUGAAGGAGUUCUCCGUGCUUGCUGAGCUGGCGAGUAUCCGCGCUGACAUCGAACGGCUGGCGCAGGCGGCCCGUGCGCUGGAGCUGGGCGCUGAGCUGGAGAAGCGCGUGAAGGUGGAUCUGUCGCGGAUCGAUCUGGACCUGUCGUCCGUUGAUCUGCCCAAGUGGGACGAGUGGAUGGCUGUGCCGCGCCGAGCCCUGCCCCAGCCCAAGGACCUGGUGGAGCGCUACCGCCUGCUGCUGCCCGAUGCUGAGUCCCGGCGCCGCCAGCGCGAGCGAGAGGCGCGUGCGGAGGGCGGGGAGGAGGGGCGUGACGAUGAUGGUGAUGAUCCGGAUGGUGGGACCGGAGGGGUGAGGCAGCGGGGAGGUUGGUGGAGAGGUGGGUGGAAUGGGAAACGUGGGGAAGGAGGGCGGAGGAACGAGGGAAAUGGAAGGGGAGGGGCAGGAGGGAAGAGGGAGCGGACGGGUGUUUCAGGGGUGGUGAGACGAGGCAUGACGUUGUGGCGCGGGGAGAGUGGACGAGAGGGCGCGGAGGAGGGGAAGCGGGACAGAGUGGAUGGAGGAGAGGGAGUGAGAGACGGGAGGGAAGGAGGAGGAGGGGGAGACGGGAAGGAAGGAGGAGGAGGAGGGGGAGAAGCAGGAGGAGGGGAGUGGGCAUCAGGGGGGAGGAAGAAGAUACGAAGGGUGACGCCAGCAGUGGUGGCGGAGGGACGGGGCAAGAGUGCCGUGGUGAGGAGAGGGGCAGAGGGGCAGCGGGCGGAAGGGGUGGAGGGGGCGUUUGAGUGGAGGGAGGCGCUUCAGGUGUUUGAGGACGUGUGGGGCAUGAUGGACGGCUCCCCCUCCAUGCAGCCGGGGUCACUCUCGGGCAGACAGAGCACCUCCGUGCCGGAUGCCCCAGUGUGGCGUGGGAGGGCGCGCUCAGAUGCCCUAGCAGGCCAGUUGAGAGCGGAUGCGGAGCAGGAGGGAGGGGUUGGAGAGGGGCGAUAUGGGAAUGGGCGGGCGGGGAUGAGUGAGGAGAGGUUUGAGAGGGUUGAGGGUGAGGGGGGAGGGAAGGUGGAGGGAGACAAGGGGGUCAAUGGGAAUGGCAGAGUGGCACAAGGAAUAGUCACUGCUGAUGUGGAUGAGGAGGGUGCCAGCAUGGCAGCACAUGCAGCUGAGUCAGCAGCGGCGGCCAUGGCAGGACGAGGCAAGGGGUGGAUCUCGCCCUCCCUGCAGUCUGCUGGUGGUGGGGCGAGUGGUGGGCGCGGUGUGGGGCAUAGGGAUGGUGACAGGGGGGGGGAUGGGGAUGAGCAAAAUGCAGGAGGGAAAAGUGGAAGUGGGGCAGUAGCAGGGGUGGAGGGGCGAGGGGUGGAGGAGGAGAAGGGGGCGAGGGGUGGAGGUUCAACAAGGGGAGAGAGGAGGUGGUGGGAGGUGUGGAGGUGA